AUGAAUAGGGGCAUCUUGCUAAAACUUUGCAAACCAGCACCAAAUCGGUCAGUGUUGUAUGGCAGAAGAUUUUUUGGUCAUGUUUCUGAGGAAGUAAGGCAAGCAGUAUCUGAAAAUUCUCCGGUUGUUGCUCUAGAAUCGACAAUAAUAACACACGGUUUACCAUAUCCAGAAAAUCUAGAAAUGGCAAAAAGUGUAGAGUCGAUAAUUAGAGAGAGCGGAGCAAUCCCUGCAACAAUUGGUUUUGUAAAGGGUGUUCCGACAGUAGGCGUUUCUGACGAUGAUCUCAUACUGCUGGGUCAACCGGAAGUACACAACGUCAAAAUAUCAAGGCGUGAUAUACCUAAUGUCAUGGCCAGGAAGCUCACGGGCGGAACCACAAUUGCAUCUACCAUGAUGCUGGCGAAUAAUGCUGGUAUUGAUAUUUUUUCUACUGGCGGCUUAGGCGGAGUCAGUCGCCCAUGGUCGUUGUUUGAUGUAUCAGCCGACCUAGAGGAGCUGGGCCAAACACCUGUGGCUGUAGUGUGUUCUGGACCGAAAAGUAUUCUGGAUAUUCAACGCACCAUGGAAUACUUGGAAACCAAGGGUGUGCCUGUUUCAACAUAUAUUGAUGAAGCUAUGAAACAAAAAAUACCUUACGAAAGACAGCAAAGGUUGAACAAGCUUUCUGAAUCUACAAGCGAAAAAGAUCUGAACGAAAUUAAUCACUUCUGGGAACUGCAGCAGAUAAAUGUUCCUGGAUUCUACGUAAGAGAUUCUGGUGUUCGAAGUCCAUUUGUUUGGGAAAAUCCUGAAGUUGCUGCAAACAUGAUUUUCUAUGGGAAAUAUAAUAUGAAUAUGAAAAAUGGCUAUGUUUUUUGUGCACCUGCUCCGUUAGACGUGGCACUAGAAAAGUCAGUUAUGGAUAAGGUUAUUGAUGAAGCAUUGUACAUUGCAGAUGAAAAAAAUAUCAAUGGCAAAAACUUGACUCCCUUCUUAUUGAAAACUUUGUACGAGAAAACGUAUGGAGAAAGUGCCAAGUGUAACGUAGAAUUCGUCAAGAACAACGCCCGCUUAGGUGCUAAAAUUGCAAACGCUUUGUCGCUGCUGAAGGGCGGCAAACGGUCUCAGGCCCAACCUAUCUUUGAACCAAAGAUCAAGCGGGAAAAGGUAGAGAUUGGCGGCAAAGGACCUGAAGAAAAUGUCCAAACAACGGAUAAAGUAAAUGCUGUAGUUGUUGGGUCGGUUGCUCUCGAUACCAUGUGUCAAAUAAAAAAUAAGAAGUUGCUAUUGAAAGACUCAAAUCCUGGCAAAAUUGUUCAGAGUGGUGUUGGUGGUGUCGGGUUUAAUGUAGCAUAUGCGGCAACUGUUUAUGAUCCAUCCAGUCCAAUUAUUCUAAUCACAGCAAUAAACGAAACUGAUCAUGCUGGAUUGGUUGUCCUACAGAAGUUGUGUAAUGCAUCGAUGCCAGUUGAUGGUCUUGUGAGUCUUCCUGGUUGCUCUACUGCACAAUACAUAUCUAUGCAUGAUUCAGUAGGAAACUUAGCCAUCGCUUGUGCCGAUAUGGAAAUUGUGGAGCAUAUCCCGAUAGAUCAUGUUACAAAGGUGAUACGGAAGUACGAGCCAAAAAUUGUCUUAUUUGAUGCUAAUAUAUCCACUGAGUUGAUGCAAAGUAUCCUAAAUCAAGCCAAUGGAAACAUGAACCUGAUUUUUGAGCCAACAUCCGGCGUUAAAUGUUCUAAGAUUGGCCAGCUCGAUCUUCCGGUGUUCCCAUUGUCUCCAUUUGAACUUGUAACACCUACUGUUGAAGAGUUAUCUGUCAUUUUUGAAGCUUUCUCUCAACAAGGUAAAUUCGAUGAUAUCGAUAAUUGGUUUAGUGUACUGGAUUCUAUUGGGAUUGAUUCAGAGUUUAGAGAAAGAUUAACCCAGGCAUCACAUAAAUAUCCUUUGAUUGAACAGUAUCUGGUGAAAGGUGUGUAUCAGCAAGCAUUCCAACUCCUACCAUACUUCCCGGUACUUCUGAUAAAGGAUGGAGCAAAUGGCCUUAUGCUGAUAGAAAUAACGAAAGAAGCAAAAGAAGCCGCUGAAAACGUAUCAAAAUACAAUUACAAGUUCGUAGAUGGCAGACCCACGGGCAGUGACUUUGUCUUUGUCGGUGAAGGUAGACAUAACUUGGGUGUGAUUGUCCAACAUUUUCCUGCACACCAUGCUGAUGAGAUUGUCAAUGUUACUGGUGCAGGAGACUGUUUGGCUGGGUGCCUUCUCUCCGAGCUUUCUUCAAAUAAUUCUACUUCAGAGGCUCUUCGUAGUCUCUCGAUCAAUUCGCACAAUUUACGUGAGAUGAUGUUUCACAACGCCCAAGAAUGCGCCAUUUCUAGUAUUCAAUCACCUGAAGCUGUCUCUCCCCAGAUUCGUUCCAGGGAAUGA